AUGAUUGGCAAACUCCUGUUUAGUCUCUGGAUACUCGGAUGCAUCAGCCUCUAUGGAGAUCCCGCGGUGGCGCAAGAAUGGCCGACGCGCCUCGACGAGUCCGCGGACGAGAAGAACGACGCCGAAAUCUUUCGAGCGGUGGUCGAAUCGAUGAAACAAUGGUCGUUGCACAAGCAGUUGCAUCACAGGACCAAGAGAGAAGUCUCCAAGGUCUGCUACGAGGAUGUCGGCUGUUUCGAGGACACCGGACCCUUCAGCUACCUGGAGAUGCUCCCGUCGCCCCCCAAAGACGUCGGCACCAGAUUUCUAGUGUACGGCAGCAGAAAGGCGAGAUCGAUCCCGAUGGAGGUUCUUGCCGACGAUAUAAACGACAAUGCACACCGUGCCAUAGAUCCUGAUCUACCUACGAAGGUGAUCGUACACGGAUUCGGGUCCAGCUGCGAUCACGUCUGGGUGUACGAAAUGAGGUCCGCGUUAAUGACGGUGCACGAAUGUAAUAUAGUGUGCGUCGAUUGGGGUCCAGGAAGCGCAGUUCCCAACUACGUGAGGGCAGCGGCCAACACUCGUCUCGUCGGCCGACAAUUAGCCAAACUAAUUCGAAGUUUGAACGUACCAUUGGAGAAGGUUCAUCUGAUCGGGUUCAGUCUAGGUGCGCACGUCGCUGGAUUCGCUGGCGCCGAGUUAGCGAACGUCUCCAGGAUCACAGGAUUGGAUCCUGCCGGACCGUUGUUCGAAACUCAGGAUCCACGGGCCCGGCUCGACAAAACCGAUGCAAAUUUCGUGGACGUGAUACACAGCAACGGUGAACAGCUGUUGCUGGGUGGAUUAGGUUCCUGGCAGCCUAUGGGUGACGUGGACUUCUACCCGAACGGCGGCAGAAUGCAGACAGGCUGCUCGAAUCUCUUCCUAGGCGCUGUGUCCGAUAUCAUCUGGUCGAGUGCAGUCGAGGGUAGAUCCUUGUGCAACCAUCGACGAGCGUACAAACUCUUCACGGACUCUGUCAGCCCGAAAUGUCGCUUCCCAGCCUUUCCUUGCGACAACGGCUACGACGGUCUUCUUCGCGGAGAGUGUUUCCCCUGCGGAGUGAGCGGAAUGGGCAGAGCUUGCGGCGACAUGGGCUAUUACAGCGACGAAUCUCCUGCCAGAGGACAAUUGUACUUAGUCACCAGGGAGGAAGAGCCUUUCUGCGCUCAUCAGUACCAAGUUAAGGUGUACAACAGCCGAGGUGAAAGACCUACCAGGAGUUACGGCAAGCUGCAAGUUACUAUGGUGGGAGAGGGAGCUUUCAACGACAGUUUCGCGAUGACGCGUAAGGACGAGGAGCUUUUGGUGGGAUCUGUUCUGCAGAAGAUCGUCGUUCCGCACCCUGCAAUUUUCAGUUUGGAGGCUAUCGAGAUCAAAUACACAGCGUACAGCGGCUGGAUCUCCUCAGGAUUAGUGUCCUGGAGCAUCGACAAAGUGGCCAUCGUCGACAGCUUCGGGAAAACUCUUUCCGUGUGCAGGAAAGGCUUGAGCCUAGAGUCCGGCAAACCCAUCUUUCUUCCCCUAUUCGCUGGCGAAUGCAACGUCCCCACAGAAGCAGACAAUUCAACGUCACCAGUCCUAGGACGUCUGUUGCAAGAGAAACAAGGUGGCAUCGGUCCAUUUACCAAAGAGCAGAACUACGAAACGAAGGACAGUUUCUCCGUGGAAACUUACUCUAAAGACAGAACUCCUUCCUCGUCAAAGGGCCUGGGUCCGUUCACCAAGGAACAGAAUCUCAGAGUAAUGGAGGGGAAAGAAAGUUUCAAGACGAACAACUUCGAAGACACAGGCAGUCGUCCAAGUUCUUCCAAUCCUUGGAACAUCGUCGACAUAUCCGCCGACGGAGACUCGAAUUCUUUGGAGAACCCGGAUGCAGAGAGAGGCAGAGGCUUCUCUGGAUCGAAUUUCUUCGCGAAAACUCCCUCGCCUGAUCCCUCGGUAGAAGCAACGACGGAGUUCCUGCCGGAAAUCCGAGAACCGGUGUUACAGGUGAACAAGAAGGAAACAGGCAGGUCUCUGAAGUUCCCAGAGAUCACCGAGCCGAUCUUACGGCCACGUUCGGCGAGACAGAACAGUAGAAACGAAGUUCACAGUCGGGAGAACCAGAAGGACGAGAUUCAGGAGACUUCUCCGACUACCAGAGGCUUCACCGUGCAAUUUUUGCCCGAGAGACUGGCCGGAAUCUUGGCUCAGGCGGAAAGAUACGCGAGACAAACGCUUCUUCCGCUCAUUUCUCAAUACACGCCUAGUUUCGUCACUGGAUCGCGUUACGAGGAACCCAAGUACUUUCCACCCUUGGGUGAGAUCGUCUCAGAGGAUCAAGGAGGGUCUGAGGAAACAGAGUUAACCACGGACACCGAUCAGAGCUUCGAACGACAAAAUCGAGACGAAGAGAGUGCUAACAGCAGAACAACUGAGUUUGCUAUCAAGGAAGAAACGAAAACUGAGAAUUCCUCUGGUGCUACGUCGGUAGAAGUGCCUGCGCUUGUCGAAGCGGUCUAUCCAGAGAAGACUCUGUCAAAUUCAACUCAAACUGAACCGGAAAACGACAAAUGGGUGCCUAUAGAACCUUCCACCACUCUGAACGCAGUUCUCUCGAGGAAAGACAGCAACGUAUCGAGGUCUCUGAACUGGGAACAUGUCCAGUACAACUGGUCCACGCAGAACAAUCCAGAGAGCACUACUUUCAAGCCACAGGUGGACGAUUGGGUACCAAUCAGGGUCAAAGGUGAUGCUCAAGCACAGGAAGCUCCCUUCAACAUUUCCCACCAAGUUACGUCGCCUCGUGUGGCCACUGACAAGCAGAUCGAGGUGAUUCAAGAGGAGAGUGCGACUGUGAAGGGCUCUAGAAACAAUUCUGAAGAGGUUUCGGGGAAAGACGAGAGGAAGUACAUACCGCUGAUCGAUCCAGAGACGAAGGAAUUGUCGUCGACGAGCUCGAACGACAUCAAGGAGAAUCGUUCGGACAUCUCGACGUAUUCGCAUAUUCAGAAAAUUCCUCGGCUGAUGGAAACUAGGAGCGGCAAGGUUGUAGGGAGUUCCACGAGAAGAAGUAUGGUGUUUCCUUACGCGUACGAGAAGAAGAAGGAUCCUAGGACGAGGUACAUUCCUCUGAUACCUGAGGAGGACAUGGGAAGACCGCAUUUCUCUAUCGAAAAGGAACGUUGA